UCGGAUUUGGGAUUUUACCCCCGCCAGGGAGCUGCUGCAGCUCCACAGCAUUCGCCCGCCCUCCGAAGGGACCAGGUGCCACCGACGCCGCUUUCCACGGGCCGGCCGGAGGGCUUGACCCUAGCGCUGCGGUGUCGCGGAUGCUCCCGUGCCGGGGCCGGGGACUCCCCGCCCUUGCGCGCGACCCCGCGCCCGGGCGGGCGGCGCUUGUGGCGGGCAGGGGGCGGGCAGGGCAGCCGGGACUCGUCCGGGGGUAGCCGCCUCCUCUGCAUCCUGCCCGCGCAUCCCGGAGCCCAGCCGCAUCCUCCUCCGCCUCUGCCUCUGGCGGCUGCCAGCCUCCGCCUCGCGCCACCUCGGCCUCCCGCCGCCCCCGCCCCCGCGCCCCCGGUGGCUGUGCCUCGGCGGAGCCCGGAGGGGGCCUGUGGCGCGUCGGCCGCCCGCCCGCUCAGCUCGGCUCGGCCGGGAGGCGUGCAUGCCCCUGCUGCCCGCGGCGCUCAUCAGCAGCAUGCUCUAUUUCCAGAUGGUGAUCAUGGCAGGGACGGUGAUGCUGGCGUACUACUUCGAAUACACGGACACGUUCACCGUGAACGUGCAGGGCUUCUUCUGCCACGACAGCGCCUACCGCAAGCCCUAUCCCGGCCCAGAGGACAGCAGCGCGGUACCCCCUGUGCUUCUCUACUCGCUGGCCGCAGGCGUCCCGGUGCUCGUGAUAAUAGUUGGAGAAACCGCCGUGUUUUGCCUACAGUUAGCCACAAGGGAUUUUGAAAACCAGGAAAAGACUAUUUUAACUGGAGACUGUUGCUAUAUAAACCCACUGGUACGUCGAACUGUCCGAUUUCUUGGAAUUUAUACAUUUGGACUGUUUGCUACAGAUAUCUUUGUAAAUGCUGGGCAAGUGGUUACAGGCAACUUGGCUCCACACUUUCUGGCCUUGUGUAAGCCCAACUACACAGCCCUUGGUUGCCAACAGUACACACAGUUCAUCAGUGGGGAGGAGGCGUGCACAGGCAAUCCAGAUCUCAUCAUGCGAGCAAGGAAAACCUUCCCAUCCAAAGAAGCUGCCCUCAGUGUCUAUGCUGCCAUGUAUCUGACAAUGUAUAUUACCAACACUAUCAAAGCCAAAGGCACCAGACUUGCUAAACCCGUUCUAUGCUUGGGACUAAUGUGUCUGGCCUUUCUUACUGGACUCAACAGAGUAGCAGAAUAUCGAAAUCAUUGGUCUGAUGUGAUAGCAGGCUUUCUAGUUGGAAUAUCCAUAGCAGUAUUUCUGGUUGUAUGCGUGGUAAAUAAUUUCAAAGGAAGACAACCAGAAAAUGGGCACACGCAUAGGGACAAUGUGGCCCGGAUGCCGAUGAUCAACAUUCCUCGAGUAGAAAGCCCUUUGGAAAAGGUAGCGUCUGUGCAGAACCACAUCACUGCCUUUGCGGAAGUCACAUGAUAUUGAAGCAGACGGUUUUUCCCUGCACUGGACGUCAUCCCUUUCCAGCACUCAUUCAUAAGAACAUUUAUUUGAUUACACAGGAAAUUUAUAAAGUUGUCUGAGAAUUUUUAUAAAUUUAAAACUCAAUAGCACCCUCUCUGCCCUCUCCCGCCCCACUAGACUGUGAGCUCCUCAAGAGCAGGACCAUGGCUUUCUUUUCUGUAUCCCCAACACCUACCAAAAAGCCUAGCACAAAGUGUGGGUGUUCAGUAAAAUCAUGAUGAUAAAAUGAACAAAUUAAUUCUUAAAUAAAAUGGUUGCUUUAGUUUCUCACAAGAAUCUCUGUGACUAUGUGAAAAGAAACCUCAAUGUGGGCUAUAUUUGUAUAAAAGAAACCCUCUAUUUUGGGCUAGUUAAGCCUUUUUAAUUUUUCAUAUAUCUAUUCAACAGUACAGCAUAUUUAAUUUGAAGUUAAUUUUGAAAGUCAUGGGGGCUUUUUAUUAUGCAGCAUGACAUUAUUUCCAUUCUAACAGAUUUCAGUGUGUGAAAUCACUUUACUUUUAGAAAGUAUGUCCUAUACUAAAUUGUUUGCUCAUUAUAUUAUGCUAUAUUUCACUUAAAAUACCAUUCAUACUACACAUUCUAAGACUGGUGCUUCUGCUUUUAAAGGGGAAAUUGCCAAUUUUUACUGUCACUGAGUAAUGUAUCAUAAUUAAAAUUAUUUAUUUGGACUUUUUCUUUGAUAGUUGUGGUUUAAUGGUUGAGUUACAGUUUUUGAAUGCAGGCAAUAUUUAGAAUAGAUUAAGGUAAAUCCAGCCAUGAUGAUACCUUAUUAUUGAGUAACUUUCCAUCAUUAACAGUGUCUCAAGAAUGGCAACAGUCCAUUCUUAAUCUUUCUUACUGGUCAAGAAUCCAAAUAAUUUAAAUGAGAAAGAACUACACCUUAGCAUACUAUUAUGUAGAUGCUAGAAAUAUGAUUAAUGUAUUUUUGUAAUUGUCUAAUACUUUAAUUAAAAUAUAUUUAUAUUUAUUUUGUCAUUUAAUCCUCACAGCAAUCCUGUAUAAAUAUUGAAAGAUGGAUUUAUUUACACUUGAGAGAAAUGAAGCCAAUAUGAUAACAUGACCAAUCUCAUACCAACAGUCAAGAAGAGAGUUAAAUCCGAAAUUCAGAUUUACCCUGAACUUGCAUCCUUUCCCCUCAAAUAUGCCACAGCUGCCUCAACAUUCAUGACACUGAGGCCAUUAUGAGGUCAUUAGAGUCCGGAGAAACUACCUAUGUUUUUUUAAAAAAAAAUUAAGAAAUGCCAAAAUAGAGUUACAGAAGGUCUGCAGUAUUUUAAACGUUUACCGUUUACCUUAUGUGAAUGAACAUAAAACAUAUUUUUCAAAUACAGAGCUAUCUAGGGUUCUAUUUAUAAUUCUAUUCAGAAAUAAUGAAGUUCCAGUGACUGGGUGUAAGGAUCUUUGAGAAGUCCACCUCAGCUGCCAUUCAGGAAAGAGGCCAAGGGACCAAUUUUACAGUAACCAUGUGGAAUUAAAGAUGAGAAGAAUCACCAAAAUGUAAGGAGGAUGAAGUAAUGAGUCACUUUGCAAUCUCUAAAGCUAACCGAAGAUGCUUUGACUUAUAUGCAUAAAUUGAUUUAAAAAAAAAUCCUUUCUAGUCUUAAGAGAGUUGAAAGUAAACAUUUAAUUUACUCUCUUUAUUUCAACAGAAUUCAGCAAAUAAUUAAAACCAAAGAUGUGUCUAUUGCUUACAAAUGGAUUUCAUUUGUCCAAUUCCAAUCCUGCAAGAAUCAAAACACUUCUACUAAAAGCCAAAUAAGGAAAUUCCCUUUUCUAAAAUUGACACACCUAUGGCAAUUCAAUUCUUUGGAAAUUUAGAACAAACUUUGCAUAUCUUGACCCUUUUUUAAGACACUGUUUCAGAAAGCAUUAGCAAUGGGCAAUUUGCUUCCUAGGACUGGAAUAAAGGGUAUGAGCAAAAUAAAAUAGAGGGUAUCAAGCAGAGGCAGGGUGGCUGGUUGGGCUUGUACAAUUGUUUAAUUCUACUGGUUCUACACCCACUUUAGAAGGACCCAAGAAGGAAUUGUUUUCCCCUUGGUAGCCUUAACAUUAUAUCAGGAUGUCAAAGUUAGAAAUGAAGUUUUGCACCUUCCUAAACCCUUACAGUAUAAAAGAGUUACGAAUUUAACAGAAAAAAAAAAAAAAAAAAAAAAAAACAGGAUCAGAGUGAAAUCGCUUCUAAUAUUUAAGCAUUAGAGACCCAAGGUUGUGCAAUUAUGAAGUAUAGCAAAAAAUAAAGAUGCAUGGGAAUAAACUAAACCCAGCAGAGACUACUUAACCAUGAUGCUAUUACUGAGAAUAAUGGAAAACACAUUUAAGAAAAUGUUUAAACAAUGGCAGGAGCUGGAGUUCAGCAGUACAGCACUUGCCUAGCAUGCAUGAGCCCUGGGUUUGAUCCCCAGGACCUGCAAAAGAAAGCACUAAUAUCAGUAUAUAAAUAUGUACAUACAUAGUCUAGUAAAAGCAGGCAAUCACAUACCUUUCUGAUAGACACUUCCAUUUUUAUUCUACUUCCUUGGGGCCCAGGUCAGUGUACAUUGUUCAAGCUGAAAACUUCAGUAGUCUCUGUUUGCAUGGCAGAAAUUCUGCACAAGUCUUAUCCGAUGCCUAAGGGAUCUUAAAAGGCUCUUUUAUGUUAAAAGAGAGGUGAAUCUUCUUUGACAGACUUUGUCUAUUCAACUUCUAACUGGGCCUCUCUUUUUCUCAGGAUCUAUCCUAGCCAAAUAUCUCGGUUACAUUUACCAUAGUUUCCUUUGUGAAAGAACAGUGGGGGAGGAAAUAAUUCUCUGCUGUGUAUUGUAUUUUUCAAAUAAAAAUUUUAAAAUUAAAUUAAAAAAUAAA